GGAAAAACCUUGUUGAGUUGUACUAGGCAAUUUUAACUUCAUCGUGAACCUUCAUAGCCUCUUGCACUAAUUUACUUCUUCUUCUUCAAGCCUCCAUUAACGAUAAUAUUAGCCACCGCAAAACCCCUUCAUACUCUAGGGUUUCUGGUGGCUAACUAAUUUUAUUCCUUAUCAGAAUCUUACUAUUUUUCAAGUGUUGCUUUAAAUUAAUUUCUAAAAAUGACGAAAGCUGCCAGUGCAAGUGCUAAUCCAGGAGGUCGAAGUGGGGUCCGUAUUGUGGUAGCUGGUGACCGUGGUACUGGUAAGUCAAGCUUGAUAGUUACUGCUGCCGUCGAUACUUUUCCGGCCAAUGUUCCUCCCGUUCUGCCCCCUACACGGUUGCCUGAGGAUUUUUACCCCGACCGUAUUCCUGUUACUAUCAUCGAUACUUCCUCCAGAGUGGAAGAUUCUGGUAAAGUAGCUGAAGAAUUGAAGCGAGCUGAUGCAGUUGUUCUAACCUAUGCCUGUGAUAGGCCAGAGACUCUUGAUCGAUUGAGUACUUUCUGGCUUCCAGAGCUUCGUCGACUAGAGGUGAAGGUGCCAGUCAUAGUGGUUGGCUGCAAGCUGGACUUAAGGGAUGAGAACCAGCAGGUGAGCUUGGAGAUAGUGAUGUCACCAAUAAUGCAACAGUUUCGGGAGAUUGAGACUUGCAUUGAAUGUUCAGCAUAUAAACAUAUUCAGAUUCCAGAGGUUUUCUACUAUGCACAAAAGGCAGUGCUUCAUCCAACUGGUCCACUGUUUGACCAGGAAUCACAAACAUUAAAGCCCAGAUGUGUGAGAGCCUUGAAGCGUAUAUUUAUUCUUUGUGAUCAGGACAGAGACGGCGCCCUCAGUGAUGCAGAGUUAAAUGACUUUCAGGUCAAAUGUUUCAACGCUCCAUUACAGCCUUCUGAAAUAGUGGGUGUUAAGAGAGUUGUGGAAGAAAAGUUACCUGGUGGAGGAGCUACUGAUAGAGGAGUCAGCGAACGUGGUCUUACCCUGACAGGAUUCCUGUUUCUUCAUGCAUUGUUCAUAGAAAAAGGACGUCUCGAGACAACUUGGACCGUCCUAAGGAAAUUUGGAUACAAUGAUGAUAUCAAACUUGCUGAUGAGCUAAUACCUACAUUCAAACGAGCUCCCGAUCAGAGUGUAGAGCUCACAGGUGAAACUAUCGAAUUCUUGAGGGGAAUAUACGAAUUGUUCGACAGUGAUUAUGAUAAUAAUCUGCGACCUGCAGAACUUGAGGAUAUUUUUUCUACUGCACCAGAAAGCCCUUGGGAUGACGCUCCAUAUAAGGACGCUGCAGAAAAAACUGCAUUGGGUGGGCUGUCAGUCAAUGCAUUUUUAUCAGAGUGGGCCCUAAUGACACUUCUAGAUCCAUCUCGUGCUAUGGAGAAUCUGAUCUACAUUGGAUAUCCUGGUGAUACUUCUGCUGCUGUCCGUAUAACAAGAAGACGGCGUCUGGAUCGCAAGAAGCAACAAUCUGAAAGAAAUGUUUUCCAGUGUUUUGUCUUUGGACCUAAAAAUGCUGGGAAAUCAUCAUUAUUGAAUUCUUUCAUUGGAAGGCCAUUUUCUGAAGCUCCUUCUUCAACUACUGAGGAUUCUUAUGCAGUGAAUGUUGUUGAUCUACCCGGGGGAAUUAAGAAAACCCUGGUUUUGAGAGAAAUUCCUGAGAAUGGAGUUAAGAAGCUGCUUUCCAAUAAAGAGUCUUUGGCAUCAUGUGACAUAGCGAUCUUUGUUCAUGACAGCUCUGAUGAGUCCUCCUGGAGGAGAGCAACUGAAUUGCUUGUGGAAGUAGCUAGUCAUGGUGAGGAUACUGGCUUUGAGGUGCCUUGCCUAAUAAUUGCAGCUAAAGAUGAUCUAAAUUCAUUUCCCAUGGCAAUACAGGAAUCUACAAGGGUUACUCAGGAUAUGGGAAUAGAGGCUCCUAUUCCCAUCAGUUCUAAGAUGGGUGAUACCAACAAUGUCUUCCGUAGGAUUGUUAAUGCUGCAGAACACCCUCAUUUGAGCAUUCCUGAAACAGAAGCAGGGAGAAGUCGCAAACAAUACCAUCGGCUUAUCAAUCGCUCUCUUAUGUUUGUUUCAGUUGGAGCUGCAGUGGCCAUAGUUGGGCUGGCAGCUUACAGAGUCUAUGCCGCAAGGAAAAGUACAUCUGGAUGAAGGCUAAAGGUUUACCUCAUUUUGGAUUUCUCAUAUGGCGUCGGGUGGUGGUUGCCAGUUGAGGGGUCCUGGUUGUAGAAAAAUAUGCAUUUUAUCCUGAUGCUUGUUAUUAGUUUUUGACAUUUUCAACUCUUUUUCUUCAUCAGGAAUUAAACAGUUUGGGUGGGAGAGUCUCACCAGUUGAAUGUUUACAUAUGUACCAUGAUAUUAGUUAUUGUGCAGGGCUUGUGCAAUAAUAAAAAAAUUUUGCCUACUA